AUGGGUGGGACCCGGGUCCUGCUGGCCGCGCUUUGGGCGCUGGGGGCCGCCGGGGCCGCCUCGCUGCGCAUUGGAGCCUUCAACAUCCAGAGCUUCGGAGACAACAAAGUGUCGGACUCAGCCUGCGGCAGCGUCAUCGCACAGAUCCUGGCCGGCUAUGACAUCGCGCUGGUGCAGGAGGUGCGAGACCCAGACCUGAGCGCCGUAUCCGCGCUCAUGGAGCAGAUCAACAGCGUGUCCGAGCACGAGUACAGCUUUGUGAGCAGCGAGCCCCUGGGUCGGGACCAGUACAAGGAAAUGUACCUGUUCGUCUACAGGAAAGACACAGUGUCGGUCGUGGAUACGUACCAGUACCCCGACCCCGUGGACGCCUUCAGCCGCGAACCUUUCGUGGUCAAGGUCUCAGCCCCGGGCUCAGCCGCCGGGGAGCUGGUGCUGAUCCCGCUGCACGCGGCGCCGCGCCACGCCGUGGCAGAGAUCGACGCUCUCUACGACGUGUACCUGGACGUGAUCGACAAGUGGGGCACCGACGACAUGCUGUUCCUGGGCGACUUCAACGCCGACUGCAGCUACGUGCGGGCGCAGGACUGGGCCGCCAUCCGCCUGCGCAGCAGCGAGGUCUUCAAGUGGCUGAUCCCGGACAGCGCCGACACCACGGUGGGCAACUCGGACUGCGCCUACGACCGCAUCGUGGUGUGCGGCGCCCGCCUGCGCAGGAGCCUGAAGCCCCAGUCCGCCGCGGUGCGCGACUUCCAGGAGGAAUUCGGCCUGGACCAGACUCAGGCGAGUGCGGGCGGGGGCGUGCGCGCGGCCCGCGGCCCCGGGGUUCCCAGGCCACCCAGGCAGCAAACUGCUGCCCAGGGCCGGGCCCCACCUCAGCGCCCCCUGGACGGUUUACCCCUGGUGCUCCCCUUCCUGCACUGGGGCUUCCGUCCCGCCACCAGCAGAACAAUUCCGGGAAGGCAGGGCGGUGUCCCUUUGCCUUGUCGUUGGCCCAUCUGCACCCCGGCCCCUGCGCCGGCACUGGCAGCAGCAGGGCUGGACACUUACUGGACGCCUCCCCACAAGGGCAGUGGUUCGUAGACACCCAUCUGGCCCGACGGGGGGUGGAGGCAGCUUUCCAAGGUGGAGCCAGAGGGAGGACAGGCCGCCCAGCAAGACCCCUGAGGGUCUGUCCUUUCUCCC